AUGAAAGAAAGAGAUGAAGCUAUGAGACUUGUUUCUGAGAUGAGGCAGAAAGAUCAAGCAAGGAUGGAAAAAAAUGAGAUGCUAUCAAAGGAUAAUGAAAUUCUUAGAACAAUCAUACAGAAUAUGGUCAUCACAGAGAGAGAACAGCAUUCUGUAUUGCAACAAGACAACCAAUCAUUAUAUUAUUUCAUGGCAACUCAAAUCAUAGAAUUCAUGUUGACAUUGAUUGAUCGGGACAUACAAAUAUUAGAUCUUGAGAGUUCGGUUGAACAAGAGAAGAAAGAAAAGGACACAUCAGAGGCUGAGAACGUACAAUUGAAACAAACAGUGGCACGACUUGAAUCCGAAAAAGAAGAGAUGGUGAAAAAGAUUAAUGAGUUGUCUGUUCAUGUCCUAAACCAACAAUAUCAGACUACUCAUGUACAUAAAGUAUUGCCAUACAGUGCUGAAAAUAAAGGAAAGGAAAAAUUUGUUGUAAAAAAAAGGAGGAGGAGAAGUUGA